AUGGCGUGGAAUGCCAAGCUGCGAAGCGGCCCCGCAAAAACACCGCCGAUGUGGCGUCUCCUCGCCCUGGCGCUGCUGCCCACGACGUCGCCCUUCCCGUCGUCCGUGGGCUGCGGCGAGGCGCUGGAGGUGGGCCAGUUCUGGAUGAGUUCCUAUUCCGUCGCGUCGUCGCUGGCCAUCGAGGUCACGGACGCGUCCGGCGGCGCCGUCGCCUGCGGCGGGACCGUCGCCGAGGGCGAGGCGCUGCGCGUCGCCGUCGGCGGCGUCGGCUCGGCGUCGUUCAACAUCGGCAUCGCGGGCGCGACGUUCGAGAGCGGGAGCUGUGGGAACGCGCGGUCCUACGAUUCGGAGGCCGACCUCGUCGCGCCGGCCGCGGGCGCGUCCGUGACGCUCGUCGCGGGCCACGCCAGUGGCUACGGCACGGUCUACAUCACCGAGAGCUGCGUCCUCACGUCCAGCGCCGCCGCGGCGCCGUCGCCCGCGCCGUCGCCCGCGCCGGCGCCCGCGCCGACGGCCGCGCCCGCGCCCGCGCCGACGCCGCGGCCGACGCCCGCGCCGUCCGUGGCGCCGGGCAACCCGACGGCGGCGCCGCUGGCGCCGACGCCCGCGCCGACGGCGUCGCCGACGUCGCCCGCGCCGAGCCCUCCCGCGCCGACCGGGGUCGCGGCGACGCUCGCGGCGUCGAUGACCCUCGACGGCGUCGACGUCGACGAGUUCGGCGACGACGAGGCCGCGGCCUUCGAGGCGAGCGUCGCGGACGCGCUCGGCCUGCCCGCGGACGACGCGCGCGCGGGCUCGUCGGAAAGGCCGCCGGCGGAGCGGCCGCCCGCGCUCGCCCUCAAGGGGUCCGUGGGCCAGCAGGCCGCCAAGAUUUUGGACGCGCUGCGCGCCGUCAAGCACCCCGACGGCCAGGAGGCGGCCCUGGGCUUCCUCCACGAGAACAUGCUGCCGCCGGAGCAGGGCGAGUACGCGACGGCCAUCGGCGGCGCGCACAACGCGCGCGACUUCAACCGCAUCGAGGCCAAGGCGCGGGGCGGCGGCUACCGAAAUUUGCAGGCGUUCGGCGACGACGUGGCCAAGUGCUUCGCGAACGCGCGGGCCUGGAAGGCGCGCGUCGAGUUCCUGCACCGGGGCGCGCCGGAGGCGUGGUGCUCGCAAAAGCCCAUCGCGGGCGCGAUCGUCGAGGGGGCCGAUUUACUGGCACCUUUGCUGCGCACCUACCUCGCCGAGGCGCCGGUCGAGGCGCCCAAGUCCGUGCCCAAGCUGAAGAUCAAGAAGCUCGCGCGGCCGCCCGCGCCGCCGAGCGCGCUGCAGCAGUCGGCGGCGCACGUCGCGGCCGCCGUCGCGGCGUUGCCCGCGCGGCGGUCGCCGAGCCCGCCGCCCGCGAAGAAGAAGCGCACGCCCGGCGACGUCGCGCGGAGCCCCGCGGCGGCGCGGGAGCCCUGGGUGGCCCAGGCCGACCGCCUCUUCGACCGGGUCCGGAAGCACGAGUGGGUCAAGCCCGACGGCUACUACGGCAAGGUCGUCGGCUGGCACCGGCCCGCCGUCGAGGCCUUCCCGCUGAUCCGCCACGAGUACCUGGCCAAGAUCGCCCGGCCCAUGGACCUGGGCCAGGUGCACCGCCAGCUGAACGGCGGGCGCUACGCGACGUUCCAGGCCGUCGUCGACGACCUGGUCCUCGUCUUCGACAACGCGAUCGCGUUCAACGCGGACGCGGCGACGGGCGUCAACGGGCCCAAGGACGACCUGGCGGCCAAGAUGGUCGACAUCGCGUCCCACAUGAAGCACGUCAUCCACCACUGGGCCCUCGAGUUCUUCAAGGACGAGGACGGCGCGGCGGCGUCGUCCGCGGCGACGCGCGACACCGCGGCGACGCGCAACGGCGUCUGCCGCGACGACUACGCCGUCGUCCUCGACGCCGCGGAGCUCGAGCGCGAGGCGAAGCGCAAGGCCCAGGCCGAGGCGGCGAAGGCGCUCGAGGCGGAGGCGCGGCCCUUGGAUAAAGAAGCCGUCGACGCGGCGCUCGCGGGCGACGCCGCCGCGCCGGCGCCCGCGCCGCCGCCGGAGAAGCCCAAGGGCAAGAGCAUCGAGAAGCCCAAGCUCCCGCCGCGGGCCCAGGCGCGCUUCGACGCGCGGCGCGCGCGCGACGCGGCCGUCUGGCCGUCGACGCUCAAGUACAACCCCAAGGGCAUCGGCGAGGCGCGGCAGGUCCUCCGCGGCGUGCGGAAGCAGCACCUGAAGAAGCACAGCCAGUGGUUCGAGAAGCCGUGCUGGCGCGGCGUGCCCGACUACAGCCAGUUCGUGUCGCAGCCGACGUGCCUCGAGCGCGUCGACGCGCGGCUGAGCCUCUGCGCGCGCGACCGCGCGAACCUGCUCGACGCCGCCGCCGCCGCCGCGGGCAUCGACGACGACAAGCAGCUGGAGCCCUACGAGACCAUGGGCGACUUCGCCGCCGAGUGCAAGCGCAUCUUCGACAACGUGGUUGCCCGCGUCAAUUCUACGGUGGUUUGA